AUGUACUGUAUAAAUGUAAACUUAUUAAUCGUUUUUAGUUAUAUUAUCAAUAAAAUUUACGCGUUUGAGAAUGAAAAAAGUUUGUUUAAGGUGGAUGAGUCCGUCAUAAACGAGUAUAUCAGUGAAUGUAGACUAAAAUCUAAUGGGCCGAUAUUUUCUUGUAUAUCAAAAAAAUUAAGCGAGUCAGAUGUUCGCUAUCGCAAAAAUUCCGAUGUUGAUUCUCUAUCGAGUCUUCGUUCAUUCACUUGGAUGUUAUCACUUCCGGUAUUACACCCAAAUACUGUUGUAUACAAUCAAGAACCACUAGAAAUAUAUCAAAAUAGCAUUUAUAGAGAUCAUAGAUUCGUGAUAGAACCGAAAUUCGGUUCAUUAUUUUAUAGAGUACCUCUCAAUGAAUACUAUAAACACCUCUAUGAUAAUAAGGAUAAUGGAUUUAGACCCGGGAUGUUUGAUCUAAGGCAUAAACUAGGAAAAAUAUUUGAGUUAUGGAGUAUUACAAUUGGACAUGAAGUUUCUUAUACGAUUCCACACGAAAAAAUUGAUUCAGUAUUGCAUGGUGAUGAGCCAAAAACAAACCUCUAUACUAAACUAUUUCUCAUGCACCUUGAUUACAAAAUUUUUGCUCCUCUGAAACGAAAAGCAAUCGUACUGAGUUUUCUAAACAAAUGUAACUACACGUUCAGGUACAAAUUGAGGAAAUUUGCUGUGUGUUUACUCAACACAUUCAAGUCCUGUAAACUUGUUAUGAACAAAGAACAGUUAUUACACCGUUACAAUAUAUCAAAUAUAUUUAAAAAUGUUAGGAAAGAUAGAGAUAUCAUCCCAUUUGUCCCUUUUCCAUUUUUGGGAAAGUUCAAUGACAUUUAUUUUUCAGUGGAUUCUUCGUCACAGACAUUUACAAAUACUGACUACGCCUUUUUCAGUUGCAUAGAGACCAUUGUAAAUGAACUUUCUAUGGGUUCAAGAAACGUAAAUGCUGUUUUUGGGCACUUGAAUGAAUACCUAACGCUACUAAAAAGAGCCUCCGAUGUCAAAACUUUAUCGCAAUUUAAUGGAUUUUAUAUACUAGAGAUCUGGCCAAAACAGUCUGGAUUUUCGUUUUUCAAUCUAUUUGACAGGGAGUAUAGAGCGAAGAUAUGGAAUUCACCUUUUAAGAUGAUGGUAACUUCACAUAUUAGCAAUUUUAUCUGGGAUCUACCGGUGUUUAUAAUGAUGCGGUUAUUGUACGUAUCAUUAUUUGUUUCUAUCGCAUUUUUUAUCAUUUUAAUUUUUUAUGUAAUAUGGAUAUAAUCAUGGCGUCACUUUAGUGAUUAUUGACCUGGAAGUUUACAACUGUGUCUCAACAAUAAUUAACCACUAUAAUUAUCUUUAUUGUACUAAAAAUAUCUUUCAUGUGUAUA